GUCAAUUACAUAUUCAUACUUCUUCUUCCACCCUCAUUUUCCCCAUAAUUUCCUCAACUUUCCACUAUUAAAACUACUUCUUUUUGUUCUCAUAUAAUUAUUAAUAACCAUUAACCAACUCCAAAGAGUUUACAAGACAAACGGGCAACAAACUGCGCGACUAACUAACGCUUAUCGUUUGUAUAGUGGUUUUGUAACUUUAUUAUACGAUGGACGGUAUUCGAUUACUCCUCCAGGUUGUAAGGGACAUUGGUGGGAACUCGGGUGCUGGAUUCUCUGGAGAGUUUAAGAAAGAUUGUAUAGAUUUGUCAAGAAGGGUGGUGUUAUUGUCGCAUUUGUUCGAGGAGAUUAUGGAGUUUAAGGGUGAUGUGAAGUUGAUGAAUUUGUCUUGGUCGUCUGAGUUAAUGGUUGCUCUUCAGGAUGCCAAAAAGCUACUUGUAGUUUCAGCCAGUUUCGAUCAUAAGAUAUCACCGGAUGGAGCAGCAAAGAAAAUCUUAUUUCAAUUCCAGUCAGUUACAUGGAAACUGGAACAAGCAUUAGCAAACAUACCAUAUGACCAUUUUGACAUAUCCGAGGAAGUUAAAGAACAAGUUGAUUUAGUGCGCGAUCAAAUGCGAAGAGCAAGAGAAAGAUACGGCAAACCCCUAAAUUCAGCCGCAGAUAAAGAUCUUCAUAUUGUAGAAACAACCAUUAACAUCAAUCAUCAAGAUUCAGAAACAAAGAUAGAAACUGCAUCGAAAGAAGGUUUUUCAAAAGUGUGUAAUCAUAACGAAGCGGUUUAUAGUUCAUCGAAAUCAUGUGAAACAUCAUCGUUAGUAGACGAAAGUAAGAAAUCAGAUGCUCCUACAAUUCCAGUUGAUUUCCUUUGCCCGAUUUCUCUAGAAUUAAUGCGCGAUCCGGUUAUUGUUUCUACAGGACAGACUUAUGAGAGAUCAUACAUACAAAAAUGGAUCGAUUGCGGGAACACAACAUGCCCAAAAACGCAACAGAAACUCCAAAACAGUAUUCUAACUCCUAACUAUGUUUUAAGAAGCUUAAUCGCGCAAUGGUGUGUUGCUCACAACAUCGCGCAAGCAAAUUCAUUGACAAACAGGAGAUUAAAAGGACAUGACGGGUCGUUUGUUGAUAUAAGUAAAGAUAUCGAAGCAAUUGAAGUUCUCAUCCGGAACCUUUCAAGCGUGUCAAUCCAAGAACGAAGGUCAGCGUUGACCAAAAUCCGCUCUUUAUCAAAAAGUAGUACAGAUAACCGGAUACUGUUAGCUGAAGCAGGAGCAAUCCCGGUUCUUGUGAGGUUAUUAACAUCAGAAGAUAAUUUCACACAAGAAAACGCGGUCACUUCGAUACUAAACCUUUCUAUAUACGAAAACAAUAAAGAACUUAUAAUGCUGGCGAAUGCAGUGCCUUCGGUUGUACAACUGUUAAGAACCGGAACAAUGGAAACUAGAGAAAAUGCAGCUGCAACCCUUUUCAGUUUAUCACUUGCAAACGAGAAUAAGAUAAUCAUCGGUGCAUCUGGAGCGAUUCCCGAGCUUGUAAAUCUUCUUGGAAACGGUAGUAACCGAGGGAAGAAAGAUGCUGCAACGGCUUUGUUUAAUCUAUGUGUUUAUCAAGGGAAUAAAGGGAGAGCCGUGAGGGCGGGGAUCAUUCCUGUUUUGCUUAAAAUGUUGAGUGAUUCGAGUAUGAUUGACGAGUCUUUGACUAUACUUUCGGUUCUUGCUAGCCAUCAAGAAGCUAAAACCGCCAUAGUUAAAGCUAGCACAAUACCGGUUUUGAUAGAUCUUGCAAGAACCGGGCUUCCUAGAAGUAAAGAAAAUGCUACGUCGGUUUUGCUUUCGUUGUGCAAACGAGAUAAAGAUAAUCUUGAUUGUAUUAGUAGGCUUGGUGCGGUAAUCCCGUUAACGGAAUUGGCUAAUAACGGGUCGGAGAGAGCUAAACGGAAGGCGAAAUCGUUGUUGGAACAUCUUCAAAGGUCUCAACAAGUUCAACAUUGAGUAAAGACCAUACAACUUGCUAAUUGUGUUUAUUAAUUUAAUUAUUUGUUUAUUAAUCUAAUUUUUCAUUGAUUGAAAAUAACUUGUGUGGAGUGUACUAGUGAUGGUUCUUUUUAUUUAUUUAUGGAAUUGAUUGGCAAUUGUA